AUGGCGCCCGCGGGUGACGGCGUGCGCCUGCCCUCCUUGGGUACGUCCGCCUCGGCGGCAGCGCUGCCGAAACCAGGGGGUGGCGAAGCGGAAGUUCCACGAGCCGCGAGCCAAACUGAGCUGCGGUCGCAGUCCAAGCCGGCGCGUUCCAGCACAAAGCCCAAGAGUGGCCUGGUGUCCGUCAAGUUCCGCGGCGACCACGGCAUCUCCUUCGAGGGCACGCGCGUUUCGCACUCGGUGCUGCAGGAAGCCAAGUCAUCACUCCCCAAGUCUCCCUUUCAUCACCCAGCGAGCAUCAUGAACCUCCUCGUGGGCUCUUAUGACAGCGACGAGGAGGAGGCUCCACCUCAAGGAGAACUGCCGCGGCCGCUGGAUCUCCAGUCGAAGCUGGUCGUGCCGGCCAAGUGUGAGGAGGUUACGCCGUCCUUCGAUCCUGAGCCCCAGGAGGAGUUUGACUCCGGACUCCAUGACCCAGAAUGCGAGUGCGAGCAUUGCGCCAUGCUGAUGUUGAGGUUCAUGGCCAAGAACCUUCAGACAAAAGGCAUCCGCUUUAAGCCCAGCGAGCGUAGCAGCUAA